AUGGUAGCAACCAACAGGAUAGUCCUGACAGAUGGCGCUUGCCUCCUUGACAAUAUCGAGGUAGAAGGUAGAUGGUUUCACCAAUAUACCGUCAGCACCUUCAGAGAUGUCUCUGAGCAGAGCUCUUCUGGCCAGACCUUUUCCUCCAGAAGGAAGCUGGUAGCAUUUUCUAUCACCCUGACCAGGACUCGAGCAGGCUGCGUCUCUGAAAGGUCCGUAAAGGUUUCCACUAAAUUUGGCGGAGUACGACAUGACAAACGUCUUGUGGGCCAGGCCGGCGUCGACCAGACCCUGUUUGAUGGCUUUCACACGGCCAUCCACCAUGUCGGAAGGAGCGACCGAGUUUGCGCCUGCUUUGGCAUAGUUGACGGCCACGGCAGCCAAUCUGCGGACAGAGAGUCUUGUGUUGAUGGAGCCGUCCUCGUACAAGACACCACAGUGGCCGUGCGACGUGAACUCGCAAAGACAAACAUCGCACAUAAUGUACAGUUCAGGGAAGGCUGCUCUGAGGGCCUUGAUUGCCAUGAUCACAGGGCCGUUUGGAUCGUCUGCGGCAGUUCCAACAGGAUCCUUGACACCUUCUUUCAAAGGGACACCAAACAAAAUGACUGCCUUGAGACCUUUUUUCACCAGACCACCAACACGUACGGCAGUCUAGAUUUGGACACCAUUUUCGGCACAAUCUCUUCCCAUGGCAUCUCAGACCGCCCUUUGGCCAGAAUCAGCUUUGUUUCGUUGGCAGCCAGCGACGCCACAAGGUUGGAGAUCUUGAUCGGUGUGUACAGGUUGAUGAACUUAUUUUCUGUGUCGAUGGAGUGGAUCAAGGCCAGGCCGCGGAAAAUCGCGGUAGCAGGGUCUAAAGAGCCACGGAACAGGUUGGGGUAUGGCUCCAAAGAGUCGAUCUGUCCCCGUGCGCUCAUCUCGUCGUAG